AUGUCUAAAAGAUCGUUAGAUAGAGAAGAAGAAGAUAGAGUAGUAUCUGCCAGAACAGGUAAUAAUGAUGGACCUGCCGUUAAAGGUUCUGGUGAUGGAGACUUAGAUAUGAUUGAUGACGGUCAAUUUAGUGAUGCAUUUGAAAGUGACGAAGAAAUCGUGGAACUUGAUGAUGAAGAAGAUAUAGAUGUUGAUGAUGAGGGUGAAUUGUUGGAAGUUACAGAAGAAAAAGCAGCAGAAUUGUUAAGAAAGGAUCAGGAAGCUAGUAACACCAACAAUGGGGGUAAAGAGUUAUACUUACCAAACAUAUCUCGUCCAUUAGGACCCGAUGAAGUUCUAGAGGCCGAUCCAACCGUGUAUGAGAUGUUACAUAAUGUUAAUCUUCCUUGGCCUUGUAUGACUUUAGACAUUAUUCCAGAUACACUUGGUUCGGAACGUAGAAGUUAUCCACAAUCUAUAUUGAUGACAACAGCAACUCAAGCCUCUAAAAAGAAGGAUAAUGAAAUGAUUGUUUUGUCAUUAACUCAAUUGAACAAGACUUUAGUGAAAGAGGAUGGUGCAGACGAUAAUGACGAUGAGGAUAAUGAGGAUAAUGAUGAUGAUCCAAUUAUUGAAAAUGAAAAUAUACCACUAAGAGAUACAACAAAUAGAUUAAAAGUUUCUCCAUUUGCACAAUCCAAUCAAGAAGUUCUUACUGCUACAAUGAGUGAAAAUGGUGAAGUUCACAUUUUCGAUAUUGGUCCACAAUCAAGAGCAUUCUCUACACCAGGAUACCAAAUCCCAAAAACAGCAAAGAGACCAUUACACACAAUUAAGAAUCACGGUAAUGUUGAAGGUUAUGCUUUAGAUUGGUCUCCAAUGAUUAGAGGUGGUGCAUUAGUGACUGGUGAUUGUUCUGGUCAAAUUUAUUUGACUCAAAGAGGUACCUCAAAAUGGAGUACUGAUAAACAACCAUUCAGUGUCGGUAACAAUAAAUCAAUUGAAGAUUUGCAAUGGUCUUCAACUGAAAAUACGGUAUUUGCAUCAUGUGGUGUUGAUGGGUUUAUAAGAAUCUGGGACACUAGAUCAAAGAAACAUAUUCCAGCUCUGUCCGUCAAGGCUUCUAACACAGAUGUAAAUGUUAUUAGUUGGAGUUCUAAGGUAGGUUACUUAUUAGCAAGUGGGGAUGACAACGGUUCUUGGGGUGUUUGGGAUUUGAGACAAUUCUCCCCAGACAAUAUUAACAAUGUCCAGCCAGUUGCACAAUAUGAUUUCCAUAAAGGUGCUAUUACUUCCAUCAGUUUUAACCCAUUGGAUGAAUCUGUUAUAGCAGUUGCUUCUGAAGAUAACACAGUGACACUAUGGGAUUUGUCUGUGGAGGCAGAUGACGAAGAAAUUAAACAACAAAAAGCAGAGACUAAAGAAUUGGAACAAAUCCCACCGCAAUUACUUUUCGUACAUUGGCAAAAGGAAGUUAAAGAUGUUAAAUGGCAUAAACAAAUUCCGGGUUGUUUGGUUAGUACAGGUACUGAUGGUCUUAACAUAUGGAAGACUAUCAGUGUAUAA